UAUGCUGACAUUCCAAGCCGCAAAGAAUAUUGAGGCCAUUUUUUCCCCCUCAUACUGUGCAAACAGGUGAAAGGUUAGCCUUAAAUGUUCUUUUCCGCCUCCUGUUUAUUUCAUCCUCUUGAAAAGUGUGCCAUAUGGUCCCACAGCAGGCAGCCUUGGGUACAAGAACACCGUGAGAGAAAAAUCUGAAUCAUAACUGACUUCUGUUUGAAAAGAGAAAGUCAUACCAGGGAGAAGCUGUCCGAAACGUACCUGCAGACGAGACAAGCCGAGGAGGAAAACAUACUUGAAGCUAUGGCGAGGCGUAUGUAGUGCAGUGUUAUGCAGCAUCCCUGCAAAUUUUGCUUUUAAGUUUUAGGGUGUUUUUGUAUAUUGAGUUUUUUUAGGCUUGUUAUUGAGGAGUAAAGAGAGGACACGUGGCACCAGUUAGCCUACAGUGGGACGGUGAGAAGCCAGCAAAGCAGAUCACUGUGAAGAGGAUGGGGAAAAAAAGAAGAGCAUCACUUUGAUGGGUGAUAAUGCGGGAUCACACGUCCAGUGUUCAUGUGGAGGAGCUGCUGAGACAGUCUCAGAUGGAGUUACAGUGGAUCCAGAGACAGCUGGCCAUGAUUGCUGCCAGAAACAUAUACCAUCACCACCUGCACACCAAGGGCAAGUUAAGAUAUGAAGUUUCAGCCCAGCCAGCAGGACAUUCAGUCUACAAUGUGAACCGCUUCCGAUUGCUGGAGGAGAGAAACCGAGCUCUGAAGCUAGAGGUAGCUACGCUUCGCCAAGAGAAACAGCAGUACAGGAAACUGAAAGCAAAACUCCAUGCUGCCUUGCAGGAGAAAAAUCGUCUGAACCUUGAGCUGAUCAGUCACCAUCUGAAAGCAUCCAAGUAUGACCAGGUGUGUUCGGACUACGAGCAGCUGAGAGAGACCUUUGCUGUAGUGAGCCAGGAGAGAGACGUGGCCCAGCAGCAGAAGAGCCAACUUCAAGAAAAGGUGGAGAACCUGGAACAGGUUCUAAAGCAUAUGCAUGAGGCUGUAGAGCUGAAGCAGCAGCUGCACAUAGAGCAUGAGCAAGCCUUGGUGGCCCUUCACACCAGGCAGAGGGAGAUCAAUCAACUGCAAAAGGUCAAGGUUCGUGACCUGGAGCAGAAAUGCAGGUCACAGAGUGAUCACUACCACCAGCUGUCCAAAGAGCUGCUGAAUUUCCAUUUGCAAUCAGAUACUGUGGACAUCCUUAAAAUUAAUCCCACUUCCACAUCCCAGAUCUCCCUCUCACCACAGAAGGCACUCUCACAAGUCAUCCUUGGAUUUGAAGCCAAGCCACAGACAGGCGAUGAGAACGUGGCAAACACGCCAAUACUGAUCUCCCAGUUCUUGCCCUGCACAACCCAGACUGGAGACAGAGAAAGAACAGAACUGUCGUCUGUCAAAUCCAGCACCGUGACAUCGGACCGCCCCAGCAGCCCUCGGCAGCUGACCCCCUCAGAGAUGGAGGAUGAGGCCAGCCCAUCAACCAGGUCCAAGCCUCGCUACACAGGCCAGGUCCGCCUUUGCACUGCCCGUUACAGUUAUAACCCUUAUGAUGGACCAAAUGAGCAUCCCGAAGCAGAACUCCCCCUUGUGGCUGGAAAGUAUCUGUAUGUGUAUGGAAACAUGGAUGAUGAUGGAUUCUAUGAAGGGGAGCUGCUGGAUGGCCAACGAGGACUUGUCCCUUCCAACUUUGUUGAGUUUGUCCAGGACAAGGAAAAACCAGCGAUUCAGUCCGGAGAAGGAGGGGAAGACCUGGGCCCGCUGGACCAUACAUCCCUGGCCUUGACAGCAGUAGAUGGAGGUGUCUCCCAGGAUGGCCUUCUGGGAUCAGCUAAUGCCUUGGUUCCCUGUAGCAAUGGGACAGGGGGGCCCCUGGACCCUGAGGACCUGGCUGAAGAUGUUGUGCCUUAUCCCCGAAAGAUCUCCUUGAUCAAGCAGCUGGCACGGAGUGUCAUUGUGGCCUGGGAGCCUCCACUAGUGCCUUUGGGCUGGGGGAACAUCUCUGGCUACAAUGUGUUAAUAGAUGGGGAGCUUCGUGCCAGUAUCCCGUAUGGUGGCCGGACCAAGUGCUUGCUGGAGAAGCUGGACCUGGACGGCUGCGUGCAUCGCGUGUCUGUGCAAAGUGUCACCGACCGGGGCUUGUCGGACGAGCUGCGGUGCACCUUACUGGUGGGAGCCAACGUGGUGGUGGCACCGAGCGGUUUGCGGGUGGAUGACAUCCAGCGUGACACUGCCGAGCUCUCCUGGUUGCCUAGCAACAGUAACUAUGGUCACACCGUAUUCUUGGAUGGGGUGGAGCACGCAGUGUUAAAGCCAGGAAGGUAUAGACUACGAUUUUUCAACUUGAAACCGCUGACUGUGUACAAAGUGACGGUGCUGGCACAGCCACACCAGGUGCCAUGGCAGCUGCCACUGGAGCAGAGAGAGAGGAAAGAAGCUGGCGUGGAGUUCUGCACUCAGGCUGCAGGUCCAACACCAUAUUGCAGAACAGGACCUCCCCUGCCUCCCCAGGAUGUACAGGUGCUCUGUGGGCAAGCCCCAGGGGUCCUACAGGUCCACUGGAAGCCUCCCAUCCUCUCUCCCACUUGCACAUCUAACGGGGCAAAUGUUGUUGGCUACGCAGUCUGCACUAAAGGACAGAGGAUAGCUGAGGUGUUGUACCCAAUGGCAGAUUAUGUUAGUAUUGAUCUGUCAAGGAUUCAGUGCCUGGAGGCCAGGGAAGUCAUCGUCAGGACGCUGUCAGUACAGGGAGAAUCCCAAGACUCCCAAGUCGCCGUCAUUCCAAACAAUCUGCUCGUGCCUCUACCUGCGCUUCCCCUGCCACCGCCAAUGCACCCGCACGCAGGCCCCCCUCCACACACCCACACUCAACCCCAUCUCCAAUCCCCUCACCUUCCUCAUGCCACACCCCAACUUCCUGCUCCACCCCAGCCACAUGGACAACCACUCCCACCCCAUCCUCCACACCCUCAACCCCAUUCCAGACUUCCCCAUCCAGGCGGACCCCCUCAACCUCAGCUUCGACCCCCACAUCCUCACCCCCAGCCUGUACAUCUCCAGGUUCGCCCGCCCCACCAAGGUCCCAGUCCUCAGCACCAACUGCCUCUGCUACCCCAUCCCCACCACCACCCUGUACCUCAGAGACCAGUAUGUGCCAGAGACCUGGAUGCCAAAGAGCAUGCAGCCCACCAUGGGGGAGCUAUUCCACCUGGCCAGCCUGGGUGGGACCCUACACGCUCUCCCUCUUCCCAGCCCCCUGUGCCCAUGCAAGGCCACACCCUUGAGGCUCCUUCUCCUGCCAAUCCACGCUCACCAUCCCCGCAGAGGAUUCUACCACAGCCCAGAGGCACUCUCAUCCCGGACACAGUGGCCAAAGCGAUUGCCAGAGAAGCAGCGCAGAGGGUGGCAGCAGAAAGUAGCAAGGGGGACAGGAUGCAAGGCAGAUACGGAGAGCAGAGUCAUUCUUUUCACCAGCAUCACUCCGAUGAGGAAGAGGAAGAUGAGGAAGGCUUUGCUCGUGGCCGUCGGAGAGGACCCUCAGUCGACGAGUUCCUCAGAGGGUCUGAGCUGGGGAGGCCGCCUCACUAUAGUCACAAUGAAGAUUAUCACAGCGAAAGCAGCCGGGGCUCUGACCUGUCUGACAUCAUGGAAGAGGAUGAGGAGGAGCUGUACUCUGAGAUGCAGCUGGAAGAGGGACGUCGACGCAACUCGCACAACACACCCAAGACAAACACUCCUGCUGGAGGCCGGGAGACUGGGAGAAGAAUUCAUCAUGGCGGUGCCCAGCCUCAGAGACGACCUCUAAUGGUUCCCUCCAUUGAUGGCUACAGGGACCGGGAUCGCCGCUCUCCCACGUAUUAUGAUGAGUCAGAGCCCGAGGAGUCUUUCCGGAUCUUUGUGGCCCUGUUUGACUACGAUCCUCUGUCCAUGUCCCCCAACCCAGAUGCAGCUGAUGAAGAGCUGCCUUUCAAAGAGGGGCAGAUCAUUAAGGUGUAUGGUGAUAAAGAUACAGAUGGAUUUUACAGAGGAGAACUAAGGGGCAGGAUGGGUCUGAUCCCCUGUAACAUGGUGUCAGAGAUACGAGCAGAGGAUGAGGAGACCUUGGACCAGCUCAUCAAACAGGGCUUCCUGCCGCUCAGCACCCCUGUGGACAGAAUAGAGCAGAACAGAAGAGGCCUCCGUCGAGAUCAGGCCUCGAGGAGGAUGGUGGCUCUUUACGACUACGACCCCAGAGAAAGCUCCCCUAAUGUUGAUGUUGAGGCCGAGCUGACCUUCUGUGCUGGUGACAUCAUUGCCGUGUUUGGAGAUAUUGAUGAAGAUGGAUUCUAUUAUGGUGAGAUGAACGGCCACCGCGGUCUGGUUCCCUCAAACUUCCUGGAAGAAGUGCCUGAUGACGUGGAGGUGUAUCUGACUGAUACUCCGUCCCACUACCCCCAGGAAGAGCUUGCCGCCGACCGCCCCUCUACCAACUCUGCCGCCACCGUCUCAGAGGGCAAACGGGGUACCACAGAAAUCACUGACACAGUUGACAACGACGCCGCACCUAUCAGAGCGCCGUCCCCGAUUGUGCGGCCCCUCCUCCCGGGCACCAUGAGACCCCUGAGCCCUACCAGGGGCCCCAAAAUCUCGCUGGACCCCCGGGACUCCCAAGACCUGGCAAACAAGAAGAAGAAAGGAAUACUUUCUAAGGGAAAGAAGCUGCUGAAGAGACUCUCCCCUGUGAAAUAAAAAAAACCCUGUACAAUACAUGCACACGCUGGGCUCUGUAUAUCGCAUCCAUACAAACAGCUCUGAUCCCAACAACACAUGGCAGAGAGGAUGUGAGCUUUGUCUCCUGGACUGCGUGAGCCUAUCUGAAUAUAACCAGUGACACAGUUACGAUUGGUGUUUGGUGAUGGAUACAAAUCAGCGAAGCUAUGUACAGUACAGUGCCAAAAGCAAGACAGAGGUCACCUGCAGACACAAAAAUAUAUUACUGUGAUGUAUUUUAAAUCAACGGAUGACUAAGAAAAAACAAACAAACUAGGAUUUUCAUGACAUGUGUUCUUCUCUUUUCUUCAUCAUUAGUGAAAGGAACUAUACUUUUGUUGAAGCAGGGUAUCUGUGAAAACAAAUCAUCUGGUUACUGGUUAAGUUUCUCAGCAAAAAAAAAAAAAAAAUGUUAGUAGGAGUACUGAUGUCACUACACGGAUCACACUCCUCUAAGGAAAUCUCAAAUAGACUACACUGUUAUUGAGGCAUUCUGCGAAGUAAUGCUGGCUGCUAACACAAAGGCUUUAUUCAGUGCAAUAUCAGAGAGAGCUGGUAGCAUAUGUGGGAGGAAAAGAAUCAUUUCCACGUAUACCUGUGAUUCAGCGGAUAGUUUUCUGUGAAGAAAGGAUUUUUAAAAGAAAGAAUAGCAGACUGACAACAGGGCAUUAACGUCAGAAGAAGCAGGCAAGCUAGAUGUCUCAGUGGCCUUUAUGAAAACAAUAUGAGCAUGACAUUCCUCCUUCAAUCACAAGGCUGAUUUACACCAGUUUCUUUGUUUCACGAUGAGUCGCUUGUGCUUUGUCAUUUUCGAAUCUUGGCUAAGAGCAGAAAUGUUUGUCGUCCUCGCUGUCAAGCUGUCAUGAAACGCCUAGUUCAAGACAAAAUUUUGUGUCCGUCUUCCUAUUGCACAAAGGUGGGUGUUUCUGUCUGACGACUGGUGAAAAGAUAUGUUUUGCGUGCCUGCACAUGUGUGUGCGUGCGUGUGCAAGGCAGCAUGUGAAGCAUUCAUGUUUUGCACCUUUCAUGUUUCUUGUUCACUUCUUUUGUUUGUGAGGGAGAGGUCAGAUAGUUAUUGGUCAUGUGGUCUAGUGAUGUGCCGCUACCUCCAUUGCCUGUGCACAGUUUGGUUUUGUUGACUCACGUAGAGGGCCGCAUUAAGGCGUCGCAGAAAUUACACAUCAAAGUGUCAAGGUGUUCAUUGUUCUCUGGUUCAGUUUCAUCUAGGCUACCCGAUAUGCUACAUGACUUGUACUCGCAGUACAUAAGGACUAUACCAUAAAAAGUUACACAGCUUAUAUACAUUUAAAAAGGAAUCUGGAACAGAACAAUGUUUUACUUUAGUUUUGUGAUUUUAUAAUAUUGAGCAGUACACCUCAAAGCAUUGGAGAGUCUGGAGAACCCACACACUGAUCAGUAAUGCCAAUUUUCUGUUUUUGCUCCAUUUAGCUUGUUGUCUCACUGAAUGUUUUCUAUAUUUAAUCAAGUGUUUAAAAACAAACAACCUAUUUACAUAAUGUUGCUAAAAGAUUUGCACCAGAAAAUGUAAUCAGAUCAGUAGGAACUACUUAAUAUCCUGCAGGCUGUCACACUGAUGCUCUAUUAAAUCACUCAUUUGCUGUCAGUGCAAAAAGCUCUUUCUUGAGGGAGUGAGAAAACACAAAUGAAUCUGAAUCAAGCUGUGAUUCUGUGUCUUGAGUGAGACCAAAUGUCAGCAUUUUAGUCUGAUUUUUUUCCCCCAAAUGGAACCGUAAAUAUAUUCAAUAUUCAAUUUAAUUUCAUGAAUUUAUUUGAACAUUGUUCAAAUUUGCUGCUGUGGCCAACAUUUCAAAGUGAAACUUUGUUUUAAGAUGGUUUUCAUCCAGGUAAAUUUGAAAAACCUGUAGCCUGGAGAGCUAAUCAAAUGGAAUUUUUAAUACAGUAAUUGGAAGCCCUCAAACUGUUGUUUUCCCUUUUGUUUAUGGAAACAUACUGACUUGAAAAAUAUUUUUCUUGGUCUUAGAAGUUUUACAGUUUGUAUUUUCUAAUUUAAUUUGAAGUUCAAGACAUUCAAACUGCCAUUCUAACCUUCCAUCUCACUGAUCACAUGAAGUAACAGCACAGAAUUCACUUGUACGUAUCUUCAACCCACUGUCCUACCUCAGUUUUGUCCUUUGAGGAGACAGACAUUGUGUGUGCUAAUUAUACAAGUUUAAAGACAUAAAGUUCUCAGUCAAAAUUUCAUUUUUGAAAGCAAAUAUUGAAGAAAAAGAAGAAGGGUGUGCACCAACAUUUUGUGUGCCAUGAAGGUAACAAAAAGUGCUCAGUUACUCACCAGAGGGAUAGUAUGUCUCAUAGCUUUAAUGAUUUAAAACUUCUUUACUCUGUGUUUGGUUUUAAAUAUCCAUUAUAUCCUGUUUAUCUCCAGUUGUGUCUUAUGUCAAGUUGCACUUAAAAGACGUGUCAGAUAUGAGUUUAUUGUGUGAAACAGGGUUCUACUCUCUUCAUUCUUUAUUUAUGUUAUUGAUGAAAUGCAAUGACAAGAAAGGGUUUACCAAAGUGGAAUCUGAGAAAAGUUCAACUGGCAAUAGGUUUACAUGUGAUUCUUUUUGUUCCAAAGCUGUUUUAUGAGUAGUUUCUCAUUCGCUCUGUCACAAAGUUGAAAUACUGUAACAUGGUGUCCCAAUACCAAAUCAUUCACUUGUGAAUGGGUGUAGUGUCUCAAAAUGCUGUAGCUCUUUUGUACUAUGAUCCAUUUGUAGAUAAUUUAUAAAUGUUUCUACUUGAUUUUACGAAAGCCUUUUUGUUAGUGCACUGAGAUUUCCUCUCCCUGUAAAAGACUGCAAGCAUUCUCCAUAGUGUCCUUUGAAAUCAGAUGUAUCAGUCCACCGUAUGUGCUUGCUUUGUGAAGUAUAUAUAUAAAAAAAGAAAUCAUUGGACAGUAUUUAUGGUGAUUAAUUAUGUGUGGGUGU